UUCGGAGGGACAGAUGAGACACUAGUGUGUGGAAGCAGGCUGAAAUUAGUUUUUUGUCAAGAAAGGAAAGAGGGAGAAGGAAGAAGGAGCAAAGAUUGCAUUCUUGUGUUUUUGCAGGGCUAACAUGUGGUUCCGUUUGGUGAUGCUGGUUUUCUGUCUCUCCCGAACAGAGCCGGCCAAAGUUUGGGAUCAGCAGCAGACAGAUGGCUCCUACAGCGUGAUCCCACAGCAGAGUGAAGAGUUCACUGCUGGCCUCAGACCCCGAAGAUCUUUUUCGGGCAGGGCGAGCAGGGCAGUUCUGGGUGGAGGACUUGCAAUCAACACAUUACCAAAUAACAUGACACAUGUAGUGGAGGAUUCUGGCAAGUACUACACGUGGCGAAGCUUUGGACCUGAGGACCAGCGAACCCAGGACCUGUGGUUUGACAUGAGCGACGUCCGGCACGGCCAAGUUAGAGUCCACAGCAUUCUGUCGAAUUCAUACAAACAGGCUGUG